AUGAAGGCAAUUACCUUGGCUACCUUGGCCGUUUCGGCGCUCCUCUCUGGAGCUUCGGCCAAGGAGAUCGCACCCAGUGAACUCGUCUCUGAGAUUUACGACAGCGGUGUCAUCCACAAGGAUCUCAUGGCCCGUAAGAAGGCAUCAUGGGAUCGCCAAAGAGAGGCUGGAGAGAUGGAGUCGACCAAGUACACGAGCCGCCUCGCUGAGGAGGGCCCCGUUUCUUGCGUUAACGGUGUUGCCGAGGUCAUCCCUGGCGAUGCCAACAACACUUUUAAGUGCAACAAGGUCGACUUCUACGACUUCAAGAGCCACUCCGACCUUGGCUCUACCGCCGGCGAGGGAUCUUCUUCCUGGGGUUGGACCAGCCCCGACGGUCGCGAGUUUGCCAUUAUUGCUCAGGCUGAUGGUGCCGCCUUCGCUGAGAUCACCUCUGCGGGCAAGCUCGUCUACCUCGGUCGCCUUCCGCAGUACUCUACCCAGUCCAUCUGGCGUGAACUCCGUGGAUACAAGAACUACGUCGUCAUCGGCAGUGAGGCCUCCCGCCAUGGUGUCCAGAUCUUCGAUCUGACCAAGCUGUUGGACAUUGACCCCGCCAGCCCGGUCACCUUCAGCAACUCCCGUGACCUUACCGGCUACUGGAACGGCCUUCCCGCCGGCUCCACCCACAACAUCGUCAUCAACGAGGAGAAGCAGUACGCCGUUGCUGUCGGCGCCCAGCCUCGUUCCAGCGCCUGCCGCUCCGGGCUGAUCUUCAUUGACCUCAGCGACCCCGCCAACCCUACCUCCCCGGGUUGCGCCGCUGGUGACGGUUACGUCCACGAUGCUCAGUGCCUCGUCUACCGUGGCCCUGAUGAGAAGUACUUCGGCCGUGAUAUCUGCUACGGUUACAAUGAGGACACUUUGACCAUCUACGAUGUCACCAACAAGAACGAGACCAACAUCAUUUCUCGCACCUCUUACGAGGACACCCACCAGGGUUGGGUCACCAACACAGAGUGGCAGGAGUACCUCGUCCUCGACGACGAGUACGAUGAGGUUGAUGCCACCGGUCCUGCUGCUAGCGGUUACCCAAUUACCUACUUCUGGGAUAUCAGAUCUCUUGAGGCUCCUAAGCAGACUGGCUACUACCGCAGCGAGGCUUACGGCAUCGAUCACAACCAGUUCGUCAUCGACGGCCUUGCCUUCCAGAGCCACUACGGUGCCGGUCUCCGCAUUCUCGACGUCUCCUCUCUUCCCGAUGACCCCACCGGAGGCGGCGUUUCCGAGGUUGGAUUCUUCGAUAUUUACCCCGAGAACGACAACGAGCCCCUUGGAGGAUCCAUUGACUUCGUCGGCACCUGGUCUCACUACCCUUACUUCAAGAGUGGCCACAUUCUGAUCAACACGAUCGAGCGUGGCGCCUUCGUUGUGAAGCGCUCUGCAUGA